AUGUUGAGAUUGGCUUUUGGCGUGAAAAACAUUGCACCAGUUGCAAGAGCAACUAGAACCGCCUCUGUGGCUAGAUUCCACCCUGUCAGAUUCACCAACGGUGUGAGAUUCUACUCGUCUCCUUCAUCUUUGACAAAGGACGAUGUUCUUGCUAGAUCUGUUUCUGUGCUCAACUCUUUUGAUUUGAAGGUGCCAGCCGACUCCAUCGGCCUGCAAACAGAGUUCAUCAAGGACUUGGGAAUGGACUCGUUGGAUUACAAUGAUGUUUUGGUUGCCCUUGAGGAGGAGUUCGACGUUGUGUUCGAAGACAACGUUGCUAACGAUAUCAAGUCUGUUGGCGAGUGUGUCGACUACGUUUUGAAGAACAGUUCUUCUGCUUAA